GGACGGCAUCCUUGUGUGCCAAGCUUUGGGCCACGGCGACGCAAAUAAACGUCGAUUGAUAAAUCGUACGCUUCGUCGGGCAGCCUCCAUUUGCGCCGCAGCGUCACAACAGCAGCCCUCUGCAUCCUGACGCGCGACCGCCGCAAAGCAGCAAUUGUUGUCCCACUGCCAAAAGACAACUAGGCUUCAGCCAUGGGGUUGUUCUCGUCGACCAAGGGCCAGAAGAAGAAGCAUCAUAAGUACAGCCACGGCGAGAGCAUGAAGGCCAUGCUCCGGGACGAGCUCCGCGAGGACGCCGCCCGCGCGGGCGCGGUGACGCCCCACACCGCGGUCGAUCGCCACGCCGAGGAGGCCCAGUGCAAGGCCGAGCGCGAGAAGAUCCACAAGAAGAAGAACUGGAUCACGCGCUCGAAGACCUUCCAGAAGAUCGUGGAAGGCGCCUACAAUGCUGUGGACCUCGACAGCAACGGGCGGCUGUCCGCGAUCGAGAUUUAUGCGGCGGUCCUUUUGGUAUACGUGAAGCUCGCGUCGCAGAUCAAGGGCCUGAAGCCGCCGAAGAUGUCCUCGAUCCGACUCCACGUCCGCCAGGUCUCCGGCUCGAACCUCGUGGACCGCGAGGCCUUUGGGGCCAUCAUGGCGCUGUUGUUGCAGGACAUCGCCGCGCGCGUCGCCGCCCACGUGCUCAUGGUCUUGGUCAUCGUGCCCCUGCUCGCGGCGCGCGCCACCAAAUACAUCUGGGAGACGUACGACCUCCACGACAUGAAGUACAUGUCGCCGGCCAUCUGCACGCAGGUCUUCUCGCUGGUCGGCAUCAGCGUGGCGCUGCCGCAGAUGUACGCCUUCAUCGAGCACAACAUCGGCAAGCUGCCCUGGAUGAAGCGCAAGGAGCGCACGGACUAGUUAGGGGUUCGCGCCGCGCUCCUCUGUUGGGGGGGGGCGCCUAAAUUACUACGACGGAAGUCGGUACGGGGAGGUGACGGGUUUUCCAGGCUGACCAUCAUGCAAUCAAAUCCGGCGUAGGCAGGC